AUGGCAGGAGAUUCCUCCCAUACUUCGCCACCAUCCAGUGGUACUUCGGGUUUCUUCCAACAGACCCCCAGACUGACUAACUCGUUCUAUGAAGAUGAAAGUUAUAAACGAGUGUUUUCAUUCUAUCUCCCUCCGUCCUUGCAAAAUACCUUAGCGCCUGACCUCUCUGGAUUUGGAACUCGCGUCAUAGAUCGCCGUGUUUUCGCUCAUGUUGCCGAUGCAGAGCGCAAUACCCCGUACUUGAAAACAUGGGACAGCUUUGGACAUCGUGUCGAUACGUUGGUCACUUCUGAAGGAUGGCGUUCGCUUUCUGCCAUGGGAAUAGCCGAGGGCAUCGUGGCCAUACCGUAUGAGAAUCAGUAUGGUCUAUACAGCCGAGUCUAUCAGUUUCUCAAAUACCACCUCUGGGCAGGGGGUAACGCGAUAGUUACAUGUCCAUCCGCGAUGACAGACGGUGCGGCUAAAAUGUUGGCUCGACAACUUGCCAAAGGGCAGUCACUUUCUGAAAUGGAGAGACAGGUAUUCGACGAGGCCUAUCGGCGGUUGGUCUCGAGGGACCCCGAAUUUGCCUGGACCAGUGGACAAUGGAUGACUGAAAGACCUGGGGGGAGUGAUGUUCGGAACACGGAGACGCAGGCGACUCACUCGCCUGCCUUCACGGCUGACGAGAGCCGUCACGACACAGAUGGCCAGCCAUUAGGACCCUGGGAAAUCAACGGGUUCAAAUGGUUCAGCUCCGCGACUGAUUCCCAAAUGUCAGUUCUUCUUGCCAAGAUGCCUGAUGGUACUCUAUCUGCGUUCUAUGCCCCGAUGCGUCGACAAAGCCUGGCGUCGCUGUCCUCCGACAUUUCAUCUCCUGAGACCGACUUAAACGGUGUCCAAAUCCACCGUCUAAAAUCAAAACUGGGCACUCGUGCCUUGCCAACUGCUGAGCUCGUCCUAUCAAAGAUGCGAGCAUACCUCAUCGGGUCUCCGGGAUCUGGAGUCAAGGAAAUCAGCACCAUCCUCAACAUCACCCGUGUGCACAAUACCGUCUCAUCUGUUGGCGGAUGGGGCCGAGGUCUAGCGAUCUCCCGUGCCUUUGCUCGUGUUCGCACAACAAGCGGGAGAUUGCUUAUUGAAACACCAGCUCAUGUCCGGACAAUGGCUCACCAGCAUGUCGAAUACCGCGCAAUGACACAUCUAGCAUUCUUUGCCGUUGUGUUACUCGGUAUCACAGAGAAUGCUUCUAACGCAUCUGCACCCCUCCCCAGUCAUUUAGGGAUUGGUUCCCAAUCUGCAGUUCCCGCUCGUCUUCUUCGUCUCGUCACCCCUCUAGCCAAGGCCGUCACAGCUCGAGCAGCCAUCGCCGGUCUCGCGGAGUGUAUGGAGUCACUAGGUGGAGUAGGGUAUCUGGAAAACGAAGAUCCAGAGCUCAACAUCGCCCGCAUAUACCGAGACUCAAACGUGCUUAGUAUAUGGGAAGGGACCACAAACGUGAUGGCGGAUGAUGUUGUACGGGUUCUCAAGGGUCGUGACGGAAGCAAUGUCCUCAACAGCUUGACGGAAUGGGUGCGCACAAUUGCGAAUCAAGUCGUUAGGGAUAUUUCAAUUACAGAGAUUCUGCUCAAGGCGACUGAUGUUCUGACUGCAUAUAUUCAGUCGGAGUCAGCGGAGAAUCUCAAACUGAAUGGUCGGAUACUUCUCUCUCGGCUGGGCUGGCUUAUUUGUGCUACGUUGCUUGCUGCUGAUGCGGCGAGAGAUGGAAAUGAAGUAGCCCGGGAGGUGAGUCGGAGGUGGAUGGAGAGAAAGGAGAGAGCUCUCUAUGGGUUUGCGGUUAUGGAAGAUGGCAAGGAUGAUGUAUCAAAGGAGAGCGUUGAGUUGGAUCGCAGGAUUGUCUUUGGCGAUUCCCCUCCGACUUUUACCGGCAAAGCGAAGAUUUGA